CACGUCAGUCGCAUUUUAGCAUUUGUAUGAGUUGGUUUUUGUUUUUAAUAUAUAUUUACUUUAGCACAGUGAAUCAGAAAUUUACGCAAAAAUAUAAACAAAUACAGUAAUUAAUAGUAUAAAAAGAAUGAUGGCUGCAGUAUCAGGAAUGUGGAGAUUUCUACAUUGGGGUCCACUAACUGCGUUGAGCAUCAUAAAAGUAAUAACUUUAACUACGCUCUACAUGAACUCAAUGUGGUGGCCACCGAAUGCCUCUUUGGGUGGUUUCUUUAACCAGGGACUUUUUUUGCUGCUCUCCUCUGUGGCCACCUACAAUUACAUAAUGGCGACGCUAACAGGACCAGGUUUAUUGCCGAAAAAAUGGAAACCAAAAGACCCAAAAAAUGAAAACGAAUUACAAUUCUGCAAGGUAUGCGAAGGCUAUAAAGCGCCUCGUUCACAUCAUUGUCGAAAAUGUAAUCGGUGCGUUAAGAAGAUGGAUCAUCAUUGUCCGUGGAUAAAUCAUUGCGUCGGCUGGUCGAAUCAUGCCUAUUUCACCUACUUCCUUGGCUUUUCCAUCUUGGGUAGCUUUCAAGCGUCCAUUAUCUUAGGAUUUGCCUUCUACCGUGGCGUGCAUCGGUACUGGUAUCUGACACACGGUUACCUACAUUUAGCCACUGUGCAAUUCACAAUGACCAGCAUUGUUAUGACCAUUAUAGCCAUGGGCCUGGCUAUUGGUGUUGUUAUUGCCUUGGGCAUGCUGCUUUACAUUCAGCUGAAAUCAAUUCUAAAAAAUCAAACUAGUAUCGAAAUGUGGAUUGUGGAGAAGGCGAUUUAUAGACGUUACUGCAAUCCAGAUGAAGAAGAAUUUGUAUAUCCUUACGAUUUGGGCUGGCAACAGAAUUUGCGUCAUGUAUUCAAUAAAAAACUACUCGAAAAGGGUGCGGGCAUUGUGUGGCCUGUGGUAGAAGGUUGUGACCAAUACACCUUAACGCGUGAGCAAAUCGCCCAAAAAGCAGAGAAGCGCGCGCGUACCAAAACAUUUAGGUGUAUUCGUCCAGCAACAGGUCAUUUCCUACCACUCUUCUCGCAGGGCUUGCGUGUAUGCUUGUCGCCACCCUGCAGCGAUGAGGCGCGUAUUCGUCUCGAAACUGGUGACGUCAUUAAAGUGACACGCUUUCGCCAGCACUGGUUGUUCGGCGAACGUGUGGUACCUGAUGUAGAGUUGCACCACCCGGAACUACAGCGCAAGGGGCCAAUACGCGGUUGGUUCCCUCGUCGUUGUGCCAUUGAGCUAAUACAGCCAAAGGAAUACUACUAUGCAGAUUACACUGAUCAAUCAGAAGAGGGUGAGGCUGAUAGCGGUGGCGACCAUCAACAUGUGACCGUGAACAAUGAAAAGGCGAAUAUUGCCACAAAUAGCGUGCCAAAAAUGUCUAAAAAAGCGCUUGCUAACGGCAACUGUAAACAACCAACUCUAAAUGGUCAAAAAAAGAAAAACAAGUGAAAGCCAACAAAUGGAAAACUUGAAUGUGGGCGAAAAUAAUGGAAAAUAUACAAGUGCAAUUUUCAGUCGCUAUGUGGAUGUUUUCUACAUCGCCGGGGGUUUUUAAAUUUACUUCGGGAGCAUAGCGUGUAUCACUCAACUACUUCCAAGACUUUCUUAGUGCUAAUAUAAUUUAUACACAUGUAGAAGCCAUAUACAUGCAUAUUUAUAAUACAUACAUACAUGCAUACAUAUAUAUGUAGAUGAAUGGGUGUUGUAUACUGCAUAAUUGACAUACUUUAUAACUAUUUUUAAUGCUGAAAACAUACAUAUGCAUAUACAUACAUAUAUGGUCUCAACCGGUAGUUUAAUAAAGGCAAUUACUGUUGCAAAUUUUA